AUGCGCACUAGCAUGCCUCACGGGCUUCGUGAAACAUACCGUUAUUAUUAUUAUUAUUAUCGCUUGAUUUGUAUACAACGUGAGCCCUGGGAACAAUGGAAGACUUUGUUCAACAAUUAUAUCGAUCUAUUGCCUGUGCUAAAUCCAGUGAUUGCUCUGGAUGAAAGCCACAAGUUGAGGGUUUUGCGUCGUUUGCCCGGAGACGAAGGACAGCGGAAAAUUGACGGUCCCAAUUUACAAGCGUGUUUAAACGUACAAUCUGGUCACAGCAUCUUGGACCGUUUCGUGGGAUCGCAACUGAAUGUGUUCACUGCUCGAUUUUGA